AUGUACUACUCCUCAGCGAUCUUGCUCUUCGCUGGGCUGGCCUCGGCCCAGGUGGCUGAGUACGGUCAGUGUGGAGGUAAUGGCUGGACUGGGUCGACUACCUGCGUGUCCCCGUAUACUUGCCAGUAUCAAAAUGACUGGUACAGUCAAUGUCUGCCAGCAACGGGUAGCGGCAGCACUACCUCGUCGACCUCGACCAAGUCGACCACCACCGUGUCAUCCACUACCAAGACUACCUCGACUACCAAGACUACCUCGACUACCAAGACUACCUCGACUACCUCGGCUCCGGUGUCCACUUCCACCGUUUUCCCUACAACCAAUGGCCUCAACUUCACCAUUGAUGGCGAGACCAGCUACUAUGCCGGAACCAACUCCUACUGGAUUGGUUUCCUCACCAACGAUGCUGACGUCGACCUGGUGAUGCAGCACCUGUACGACUCGGGACUCCGCAUCCUGCGAGUCUGGGGAUUCAACGACGUCAACACAGUCCCCUCCUCCGGCACCGUCUGGUACCAAUAUCUCUCGUCCGGAAACGUGACAAUCAACACCGGUGCGGAUGGUCUGCAGCGGCUCGACUAUGUGGUCUCCUCGGCUGAAAAACACGGUAUCAAGCUGAUUAUCAACUUUGUGAACAAUUGGUCUGACUACGGUGGUAUCGCGGCCUACGUGUCGGCCUUUGGAGGCAGCGCAACCAGCUGGUACACGAACACAGCCGCUCAGGCAGCGUACCAGAACUACAUCAAGACUGUAGUGUCUCGCUACAGUUCUUCAUCUGCUAUCUUCUCGUGGGAGUUGGCCAAUGAGCCUCGCUGCAAUGGCUGUGAUCCAUCAGUUAUCUACAACUGGGUCAAGACGACCAGUGCGUAUAUCAAGUCUCUUGACUCGAAGCACAUGGUGUGCAUUGGUGAUGAGGGCUUCGGUCUGAACACCGACUCGGACGGCAGCUACCCAUUCACCUACGCCGAAGGCCUGAACUUCACCAUGAACAUUGGCAUUGACACAAUUGACUUUGGUACUCUCCACCUCUACCCAUCAAGCUGGGGUGAAGCAAGCACCUGGGGUAGCACCUGGAUCAAGGCCCACGGCGAUGCAUGCACGGCUGCAGGAAAGCCCUGUCUCUUGGAAGAGUACGGGUAUCCCUCUGAUCACUGCAGUGUCGAGGCUCCCUGGCAGACGGCGGCCCUGGAUACCAAGGGCAUUGCGGCCGAUAUGUUCUGGCAGUGGGGUGAUACUUUGAGCACUGGGCAGACCUCGGAUGAUGGUAACACUAUUUUCUAUGGCUCGAGUGACUUUACUUGCCUGGUGACGGAUCAUGUGGCUGCCAUUUGA